UCGCGUUGUUUCGGUGCGGUCUUACUUGUCGUCUGCUGAACGGCCAUCUUUCUUUUCCUGAAAGUGUUUUUACACGGGAGUCACUUGAUCCACGUGGAAAUGGCUUUAAAAUACAAUUUGAUUGUUGGCCAGAACAAGGGCCAUAAGGUGACGAAAAACAAGCAUGGCCCGAGGACCUCUUCCCAGCGGGGCAAACUAACGAAGCAUGCGAAAUUCGUACGGGACAUCGUUCGUGAAGUGACCGGCUACGCUCCGUACGAGCGUCGAGCUAUCGAAUUGCUUAAGGUGUCUAAGGACAAGCGCGCACUUAAGUUCCUUAAAAAGCGUCUAGGCACCCACCUUCGCGCCAAGAGGAAAAGAGAGGAGCUGAGCAAUGUCCUCGUCCAACAGAGGAAGGCCGCAGCCGCUGGCCAUAAGUAAAUAAACUGGCGGACCCGUUUCGCCAAAAGCGAUGUCGACAUAAUCAGACGUCGUUUUUUCACUCGUA